UCGAGCAGAGGCGUGGGCCCCCUGGUCAGGCACUUAACAAAACUAAACAUGCUAGAACUAACAAGCUGCAGUCUGCAUGGCACGGACAUUGAGCACAUUGCUUCUUCUGUAGGGAGUAAGGUUGGACUGACUGACUUUAUUCUUACAGGCAACACAGCAUUGGGCGGAUCGGCUCACACGUGGUCACGCUACUUACCGCGAAUGACGCGCCUACAGACGCUGAACCUCAGCAAUUGCUCGUUGCAGAGUACAGAUCUUGAACACAUUGCUUGGUGUGUAGGCGGCAUGCGCCACCUGACUGACUUAAUCCUUGCCGGUAACACAUCACUGGGCGGAUCGGCUGAUCUGUGGUCCCGCCACUUGCGACGACUUACGUACCUAAAUACGCUGAACCUAAGCAACUGCUCAUUGCAAUGGACGGACGUUGAACACAUUGUCCUGUCUGUAGCUGACUUGCACAGACUAACCGACUUGAUCUUCGCAGACAACACGACAUUGGGCCGAUCGGAUCACUCGUUCAGUGUCGUGUGGCAUAUGAAUUCGAAGCAUGUACGGACGCUGAACCUCUGCAAGUGCUCCAUGCAGAGUAAAGACAUUGCACAUGUCGCCUCAUCUGUGAGUGAUACGCCCGGACUGUCUCUCUUGAUCCUUGCUGGCAACACAACUUUGGGUGGGUCGGCCGAUUCAUGGUCUUCGUACUUGCUGCAAAUGAAGCAAAUACGAACCCUUAAUCUUAGCAACUGCUCACUGCAGAGUGAAGACAUCGCACACAUCGCCUCAUCAGUAGGUGACAUGCCAAGACUGACAGACUUGAUCCUUGCUGACAACACAGCACUGGGCGGAUCAGCUAACUUGUGGUCGUGCCAUCUGCCAGAUAUAGUUACAUACAGAUGUUGAACCUCAGCAAUUGUUCAUUCGAAUGGAAAGCUGUUAAGCACAUUGCCGCGGCCUUAGGUGACAUGCCAAGACUGACUGACUUAAUCCUUGCCGACAACCCAGCACUAGGCAGAUCGGCUAAAUUGUGGUCGCGCUACCUGCGACAAAUGCACCACAUAGAGACGCUGAACCUCAGUAGCUGCUCCUUUCAAAUGACCACCUUUGAACACGUUGCCUCGGUUUUAAGUGACAUGCCCGGACUGACUGGCUUGAUCCUUGCUGAUAAUAAAGAACUGGGCAGAUCUUCCAACUCGUGGCUGCGCUUCUUAAAGCAAAUGCGACACAUGCAGACGCUUAACCUGAGCAGCUGCUCAUUGCAAUGGACAGAUGUCGAACACAUUGCAUCCUCUGUAGCUGACUUGACCGGACUGACGGACUUGAUCCUUGUCGAUAAUACAGCAUUAGGUGGAUCGGCGGAAAAGUGGUCCGGCUACUUGCCUCAAAUGACGCACAUACAGACGCUAAACCUGGGCUAUUGCUCACUGGAAGGAGUAGAUGUACACCACAUUGCCUCAUCUACAGGUACCAUGCCCGAACUGACUAACUUGAUCCAUGGCGGCAACAUAGCACUAGGCGGGUCGGCUAGAUCGUGGUCACAUCACAUACUAGAGAUGCGGUACAUACAGACGCUAAACUUGAGCAAUUGUUUGUUGCAAGUUGAAGACAUUGAACACAUUGCCUUAAAUACAGGAAAUAAUCCCCGGCUAGCCAACUUGAUCCUUUCGGGCAACUCAGCAUUGGGUGGAACAGCUGAUUUGUGGUCUCAUUCCCUGUCACAAAUGCGUCACAUAAAAUUGCUGAACUUGACAAACUGCUCACUGCAGUGCACAGAUGUUGAGCACAUUGCUUCGUCUGCAGGCAGCAUGCUCAGAUUGACUGACUUGAUCCUUGCUGGCAACACAGCACUGGGCGGAUCCGCCCUCACGUGGUCUCGCUACUUGCCGCGAAUGACGCAAGUGAAAACGUUGGACGUGAGCUAUUGCUCACUGCAGAGUAAAGACAUUACACACAUAGCUUCAUCUGUAGGUGAUAUGUGAGGACUAACUGGCUUAAUCUUUGCUGGCAACGCAGCUUUGGGCGGAUCAGCUGACAUAUGGUCCCGGUACUUCCUUCGAAUGAAGCAAAUGCGAACGCUUAAUUUAAGCAACAUCUUCCUCAAAAGUAAAGACAUUGCAGACAUUGCCUUAUCUGUAGGUACCAUGCCUGGACUGACUGUCUUAAUUCUCACUGGUAACAAAUCUUUGGGUGGAUCCGCUGACUCAUGGUCCGACUACUUACUGCGAAUGAAGCAUCUA